CAAAACAGUUUGUAUUUGCAGCAAUGUUCUGUUCUGUAGUAAAAGUUAAAACCACCAAGAUCUGAGCUUUCCGCCAUGAAUUUCUUCACCUCCGUCUUCUCCGACGAUCCAGAUCCUCCAGAAACCGAAUCGGAGUCCGAGGAUACAGAGCAAUCUAAUCCUAACGACGACGACGGCGACGGGGGAUGGAGCUUCGGUGGUCUGAUGAAAACCAUAGCCGACAGAUCCGAAUCCGUGAUCGAGACAUACCGUCGAGAUCUAGAAGAGUUCGGUACAGGUCUAAAGAAAGAGAUCGAAGUCGCGCAGGGAUCGCUCGGCACCGUGGGACACGCCAUCGACGAGCUCGGCAACACGGUGAUAAAAGGCACGGCUGAGAUCAUCGCUCAGGGUAAGGAAGCGAUCCUAGCCGCUGGUGAUAACGAAUCUGAUUCUUCUGAUAACAAUAAUAGCAGUAGUAAUCGUCGUGAUAGCUUUAGCUCGAAACCGUAUAGUCGUUUCGAUGCUCAGGUUCGCGCCGUUCAAGGGGAUGUGAGUACUUAUAGCGAAGAGCCUGAUGAGGAUUCGGAUGAGUAUAGGAAGUGGGAAGCUGAGUUUCCGAUUGGAGAUAGGAGCGAGGAGAUGGAGAUGUUGUUGGAGGGGAAUGGAGAGAUGAGAGGAGUGUAUAAGAGGGUUGUUCCUAGUGUGGUUGAUCACGAGACGUUUUGGUUUAGGUAUUUUUAUAAGGUUUAUAAGCUUAAGCAAGCUGAGGACUUGAGGGCUAAUCUUGUGAAACGAGCAGCUUUGGAUGAUGAGGAAGAGUUGAGCUGGGAUAUUGAUGAUGAAGAGGAGACUGCUAGUGAGAAAGUUGAUGAAGUUGCCAAAGAUGUUUCAAGAUUGAAACUUGAGGGGAAUGAUAGUGGAGACGUUAGCGAAACUGUGAAGGAUUCAGUGACUGAUAAGAGCGUUAAAGAUGAUGUGACAAGUGCAGAUUCAGUGUCUGAAGUGAGCAAUGUUGGUUUGAACACAGACACACGUUCUGAGGAGAAGAAGGAAACUGGUAGUGAGAAAGUUCCAGAAUCAAUAAUAGUAGCUGAUGCUGCUCCUCCUCCUCCUCCUGCAUCUGAUGAGUCUCCAACUCAAGAUUCGGGCAAGAAACAGGAAGCUGUUCCAGAAUCUGGUGAGAGUGCUCCAUCCCAAGAAGACUCAGACAAAACAGAUGGCGCUGCUUCUUCAUUAGCUCAAGGCUCAGGUAAGCCAGAUGGUGCUGCUUCUUCAACAACUCAAGAAGAGGAUUUGGGAUGGGAUGAGAUAGAGGAUAUGAGUAGCAUCGAUGGUAAGGAAGCGAGUAGAACUUCUGGUGGUAGUCCAAACAGAGCUGAGCUGCGUAAACGUCUGAGUGCUGCAGAGGAAGAUGAGGACUUAAGCUGGGACAUUGAAGAUGACGACGAAGAAUCAUCAUCAAAAGCUUAAUCUAGUAUCAUAAUGGUGGUGUUUUUUUUGUAAGUUUCUGGUAAUUUGCUUUCAUUCUUCUGUUGUUAUCUCUUUAACGUUCUGUUAAAAUUUGAUAUAUGCGAACAUUUGAUUUGAAUCCAAAUUUCACAUUCAAUGAAA